AUGGAGAAAAUCGGUAUCGCGAAGUUGACGAACGAUAAUUACGAUUCGUGGAAGUUAGAAGUCGAGUUUUUGUUAGUGAGAGAAGGACUUUGGAAGUACGUCUCGCCGGGAGUGAAGCCGCAACUGGAUGCUACCGGUUCGAAUGCGGCGGCGGUGGCUGCCUGGGACGAGGGUGACCAACGAGCGCGCGCGACGAUCGGUUUGCUGCUGACAAGAAGUCAACACGGACACAUCCGGAAUACGAAUUCCGCGAAGGAAGUGUGGGACAAUUUGGAAAAGCAGCACCAGAAGAAGACGCUAACGACCAAAGUGCAACUGCUCAAACGAAUUUGCGACAUGGAGUACCACGACGGCGACAACAUCGAAGAACACUUGAUGGAGUUCGAGGAUUUGUUCGAGAAGCUGGCUAAUGCCGGUACAAAGCUGGACGAAAAUCUCCAAGUGGUUCUAGUGUUUCGAAGUUUGCCAAGUUCGUUCGAUGCACUGACGACGACGCUAGAAAACUGA